GGGCGGCGCUGUAACAAGAGCUGCAAAACGCAGUUAAACAAAAGCAGAAGAAGACGUUAGUUGCGGGAAAACUGAAGCGGAUGUUCGCUGUGUUGAUAACUUCAAAGUGGAAGAAAACAAGCCACUGAAUGUGGUCUUAUUUUUCUUUUUAUAGCUUUUAAAAAUCGCCAUGCAAACCCCGACAACCACCGAUGUCAGAAAGGGUAUUUCGGUCCUUUGGGAGACCCUGCAGUGUCCCAUAUGCUUGGAUUUAAUGACUGCACCUGUUUCUACUAAGUGUGACCAUCAGUUUUGCAAAUUUUGUAUGAUGAAACUUUUGGACACCAAAAACAACAGGGCUGACUGUCCAGUGUGUAAAACCAAAAUAACCAAAAGGAGCUUGCAGGAGAGUCCUGGGUUUCAGAAACUUGUUGCAGGCUUGCAGGACAUGAUUCAGGCAUAUGAACAUGACACUGGCACUAACUACUUCACUGGAAUGUCCCAGCAGGAAGGACAGCUAGGAGUCACAGGGGCUGAAGCUACUAAACAUUGUCCCGAUAAGUCAUUCGGAGAUACACCUGACGACAUGGAAAAUGUUGACAAUGAUGAUCCUUUAAGGUCUCACUCCUCGACUAUUGCAGCUCAGAACGGAUUUGCAAAACUGAUGGGACUUGAAGACACAAGUCCUAUGACGACAGAAAUUGAAGGCCUGGACAGUGGACUUGGUGAGGCCCCACCAACUUCCGACAAGAAAAUGCACAGCCCUACAGAUAAUUUGGAAACAGAAAUGACAGAAGUUGUGGAAACCUUAACACACAAAACUAGAGGCAAAACAAGAUUCCUCAAAUUGGAGAAAGCCUCCCUUCCUCCAUCAUUAAUUUCCGACGAGACUGAACACCAACCUUUAAGAAAGUCCUCAAGGAAGAAGCAGAAAAAGGAUUUGGAGCCUGACAAGAUUUUGGAGGAAAAACAGAAGAAGAGUCUACAGAAAGUUGCUGAGUGGCUCAUGAAGGUUCCAACUGAAGGAAGUCUCGAGUUGGAUAAACGCAACGAAGACACAGAAGAUUCUGACAGCUGUUCCUCUGGUUCAACAAUAGAUAUAAAUACACACAACAGGGAUGUGAACCCGAAGAGAGAAGAACGUGCUAAAGCUCUUGAAGAGCAGGUGUUUGGUGCUGUCUACAAACGAGAGAGAAGAGGGAACAGGACCAUCUCUCCUCCACUUCAUGUUUUUAGCAAAACACCAACAACCAAGAAACAAAUUAUCUCCAAAAUAAGGAAGAGGAAGACUCUCACUCCUGUUGAUACAAGUGAAAGUGGUAUGGAAGAGGAGCAACAAGGGAUAGAAGAAGGAAAUGACACCAGCAGUGACAUUGUCACAAAAGCAAAACAGACGGAGGUUAUGGAGGACAAUUCUAAAGACAAAUAUGGGGAAGAGUUGAACAAAAUGCCAGAAAGUGACAAAAUUGAUGACAACGAUGAUUUUCGCUGUUCCGCGUCUGAUAUUAGACAGCUACCACACAGAAAGUCAAAUAGAGGGACACGUAACGCUCCGCAGCAGGUCGACAGCGAUUUGCAAGAGCAAGCUGAGGCAAAGUCAGAGAGUGCUGAGCAAAAGCAAACUGAGAAGAGGAAAAGUAAAAACAAGAGGUCAGAAAAAAGCAAGACUGCUAGAGUGCCAAAACCCCUGGUUCUGGUCGGAGUUACAGAUGGAGAAACCAGUCCUAAGGCUAGACCAAGGUCAGAAGUUCAAGUUCACAUCGAGAAUUACCCGAGCAGCGAAGACCAAGAAAUCCCCGUCAUGAGAAUCACAAGGAGAAGUAGAAGACUUCAACUCUUCGCUGAGGAAGUCCAAGAGGGUCACAAGACAAACUUGAAAGCCAAUAUAGCUGAAAAAGGCAACAAUGUUGCAAAGCAAUCUGAGGAAGCUAAAGGUGGAACAUUGGACUAUAAGGCAUCAACUCAGAAUGGAAACAUGACACGGGUGGCUGAGAGAAAUGGAUGUAUUUUUGAUCAAGAGUUAGAAGAAAUAGAAAACAUGGAGUCUGGCGAGAGAACAACAGAAGAUGUUAAAGAGUCCAUUGCUGAAGUGCCAAAUGUUUCACCGCUGUCUGAAGCUAAUGCUGCAUGUUAUGUGGUCCCAAGCUCCACAAGUCCAGCUACGGCUGUGGUCGAGCCAACACUUGAAAGUGACGACCAAAACAAUACUCACCAGACAAAAUGUGCCGGAACAGAAGACGAGGAGGAUAAGAAUGACAGUGAGCUGGACACAGAGCAACUGCUCAAGAGCUUCAAAGCCACUAAAAGAAAAUCUUUCCUUCUUGGCGCUCCAAAUGUGAAAAGGAGCCGUGGUUUAGACCAAGAAAACCUGCAGGCUGCCGAGGCAGAGGUAAAACAGCGACUUUGUUCUGGUGUUGAAUCUAAAAAAAAUCUGGUGUACACAAAGGUACCUGAAAUCUCCAAGCAAGAGGCAUUAAGAGACAAUGAAAACUCAUCUUGGAGUGAUUUUAUCUCCCCUUCUAACUCACCCAUCCACACAAGAAAGCCAGUCAUUGAGAAACCAGAUCAAGUGGCGGUAGAAGCCUCAAUCCCUGAUGACAGUUGUUCAGGUCAAGACAGCGCUGGUGGUACCUGUGUCUCCAGGAAUAGUGUCAGUAGUGCCCUCACUCCUAAUAAAGUGCAGGAUAUUGAAAGUACUCAUCUUUCUGUUGGGCCUCAAGUGUUAGAUUCUGGCCUCUGCUUCAGAGCCGUUGAACAUGAGGAGCUAAAUGAACCCUCAAAGUGUUCUCAAGUGACAGAGAAUCAGCUGGACUGCACCGUGAGGGAUGCUGGCCAAGGGAAGGAGAUAAGAGACCGCGUUUCGGUGCACAAGUCAGCUGCUAGUGGAACACAUUCAGUCAACAGCACUCAGCAGUCUUUAAAUGCAGAGUCUUCUUUAACUCCCAAUGGCCUUGGACUUCCAGUUGUACAAAUUGUCCACGAAGCAACGUCGCACAGCCAUGGUAGCGGAGAGCCGAGCUCCCAUUCCUCCAUCAAGAGCGUGCCCAGGAAGAGGACAAGGGCCAGGAGGCUAGAGUCGUCAUUUGAGUCGGACUGCAGUGAAGAGGGAUUACCCACUUUGACAGAGAUUUUCGGAACAUCCGUUCGUCCUCCCGCUAUGACAAAGGAUCAGGGAGACUCCCGUGAAGAUAAUAGAUGUGAGGGCGCUAUAGCUGGUGGAGCGCAACAGUUGAGUCGUCCACCUGCGUGCCCGAGCCCCGACUGCGUUAACUCCAGCCAAGGGUCUGUAGACUUGUUUGGCACGCCAGAUGAAUGUAAUGUCCCAGUGAACGACAUCGGCGUUUCGUCACAAUUCGAAACCUCACAAUUUUCAAGCGAAGUCCUUGUAACACAGCAAAAGAUAGAAAUGCAGAAGGAGCUGGUGAGGUUGGAGAAGAUGAUGGCGCUGGUGUCAGAGGUGCUUCAGGAGAAAGAAGACAGUCCUGCAAAAGAAGUCCCCUCAGAAACAAAUCAGAGCAGACAAACCACAGACGCAAACUCUAAGAGACUCCUCCCGUGUGACCGGGACACAGGCCAAAGUUCAGACCGGGAAGCUGCUCCAGAAGUAGAGCGAGAGUCCAGCACAAGACCGUCAGCGCAUGGCAGCAGAGCGGAGAUGGGGCCGGGCGUUAAAGGCACCGGAGCCUCCAAGACGCCCUCGAGUUCAGCUGCCAAAACAUUAAAAAACAGCGCUUCAGUAGUAGACGGGAAAGAAGACAAAGAAAAUAAUACUCCUCCGAGAGAUGGGAGGAAAACUAAGAUUGUGUUGGUGUCGUCUGGAUUAGACCCUAAUGAACAGCUACUCGUCAAAAGGUUUUCCAAGCGAGUUGGUGCCCGUGUGGUUUCUAAGGUAACCCCGGAGGUGACCCACAUCAUAAUGCACACAGAUGAACAACUGGUAUGUGAGCGCACACUGAAGUACUUCCUUGGCAUCGCAGGCAGGAAGUGGGUGGUGAGCUUCCAGUGGAUUUCAGAGUGCUUCAGACAAAAGGAACUCCUAGAUGAGAGUGCCUUUGAAGUGAGAGGUGACGUGGUGAAUGGACCCAACCACCAGGGCCCCAUGAGAGCCCGUACUAGUGAAGACAAUAACUUGCUCAUGAAGAGCUACACGAUUUGCUUCCAAGGGCCUUUUACAGACAUGACAACAGAUGAAAUGGAGUGGAUGGUGGAGCUCUGUGGAGGCACUGUAGUCAAAGAUCCACUUCUCCUCGACAGUAAACGGAUCUCCCAUCAGCUGGUGAUUGUACAGUCUGGAUCAGAGUCGUCGUCCACAUACAGCAGUCUCUCUGGACGUGCAACAGUCGUGACACGUGGUUGGCUGUUGGAUUCAGUGGCGACCUACACCCUCCAACACCACAACAAGUGCACAACAUGAGCUGAAGAUCCAAGUGCACCGACAGCCAUGACCCGUUUUACAACUUCUGUUUUUUAAUGUCCAACACUAUAUCUAAACUGUCAUCCAUCUGUUUUCUUUACAAAGCGCUUUGUAUUGUGUUUGCAUGACAGGAGGAUGAUGAUGAUGUAUAUAAAGUGUAAUCGACAGAAGAUCUUAA